UGUCUCGAUUGCCUGCAAUGGCAUUUUAAACUCCCAAAAAUAAACAUUGAAAUAUUCAAAACAAUGAUUUAAAGACUUCGUUACUAGUUUUUAGAGAGGAAGACAACAUGGAGCCAUCGAAGGAGGCUAUCGCUGUGCGGAUCUCGCGGUUGAACAGGCAGAUUUUAGGCAAAGUGUCCGCGGGAUCAAGUAAAUUUAGUAAGAAGACAAUAGAUCGAGAGGCAUUGCUCGAUGCCCUUACAGUGCUUUACGAUGAGUGUAACGAUGAUCCGGUUAAGAAAUGUGAUGAUUUGGUUCGCGCCUUUGUGGAUAAAUACCGCAGCCCAUUGGCCGAGUUGCGCAGGAUCCGUGUCUGCAUAUCAGACUUUGAAAUUCUACAUACCAUUGGCAGGGGCCAAUUUGGAGAUGUCCAUAUGGUACGAGAGAAAGAGACGCACGACGUGUACGCUCUAAAAUGCGUGCGUAAGGAGGAGGCUCGCAAGCGCGUCGUGGGCGCCGCGGACGAGCGCGACGUGCUUGCCGGCGCCGCGGGGCCCUGGGCGCCCAAGCUGCAGUACGCCUUCCAGGACAACACAACGCUCUACCUAGUAAUGGAGCUAUGCUCAGGCGGCGACCUAGCAGGGCUUCUCUCCCGUCGCCACAACCCGUUGUCAGAACGCGACGCUGCUUUCUACGUGGCUGAGGUGGCGCACGCGCUGAAGGCACUUCAUCAACUCGGCUUCGUGCAUAGGGACUUGAAGCCUCACAAUAUUCUAAUAGAUCGCUGCGGACACGUGAAGCUGGGCGACUUCGGUUCGUGCUCGCGGCUGGCGGACGGCGACGCGUGGACGGCGGUGGGCACGCCGGACUACGUGGCGCCCGAGCUGCUGGCCGCCGCCGACUGCGCGCGCCGCCACGCCGUCUGUGCCGAGUGCUGCCGCGGCAUUGAGCAUACUGCGCUUUCUGCGUGCGACUACUGGUCAUUGGGCGUUGUUGCUUUCGAGCUGGUGACUCUUCGGAGACCCUUCUCCACUGGGGACGACGACUCCAUUGCGACCAUAUUAAGCAACAUACAGAAGUACGAACGCUCUCCGGAUUCAGAGCCACCGUUCGAAGCUCCUCCCGACGGGCCUUCUGAAGCAUGGCGCGCGUUGGUAGCCGGCUUGCUGCGAGUGACACCUUCUAAGAGGUUCAAUUACCUCGACACAUUACAGCAUCCAUCACUAGCACAUCUAUCAGUGCACUCUAUACGGGACCAGGUACAGGCGCCGCCGUGGGUGCCGCGCGUGCGCGGGGCGGAGGACGCGUCGUGCUUCAGCCCGCCGCCGCGGGAGGCGCCGCCGGUGUCGGCCGCGCCGUUUCGAGCGCGCCCGCCCUUCGCCGGACAACUGCCUUUCGUCGGUUACUCCUACGUAGCGCACGACGAAAACGAAGAUAACUCUUCGACUUCCGGCUUCAGCGCGUCCCACGAUUGCACUGCCAUAGAUCUCGCCACUUUUAAGUCAUCAGAGAAACUGUUAGCGUCGCGUGGUCGUGAAAUCGCCUCUCUGCAAAGCAAGCUAGCGGCAGCUGAGACUGCAGCCGCCGCCGCCGCCGAGAAGGUGCGGCGCGCCGCCGACGCCGAGCACGAGCGAACUAGGGCCCGUCUGCAGGCGGAGAUCACCGCGCUCAGCCUGCAGAACAAACGUCUAGAACGCCAAAUCGAAAUUGAAAAAGAAGAGCGCAUGGCCCUCGAGCGCACCAACCAAGAGCUCACCUCCGCCGCCGCCGACCGAAACAACGCAGAACUGAGAGUAGCACAGGCGAAGAACGAAGACCUCGCGAGCGAGCGAGAUGGACUGAGGGAGGACAUGGCACGGCUCGAGGCGAGAGUGAAAGAGAUGCAGACAGAGUGCGCCAGGGCUGUCUCCGCGGCUGACGCGGCGAGGGCGCAGCAUAAGCAUUACAAGGACAUACUAGAGCAAGCUCAAGAUCUAAGGCACAGAACGCUGACAGAGCUCAACGUGCGCGCGAUCGACACGAUAGCGAAAGAGCGCGCCCUCCGCCGCCAGACGCUCAGCGGCGGCGAGGCGGAGACCCGCGAGGCGGGCGCGCGCGCCGCCGCCGAGGCAGAAGCCUCCGCGCGCGAGGCGCGCGCCCGGGUGCACGCCGACAAGCGCCGAGCCGAGGCUGAAGCCGACGCCAGAGACUUGAGGAGGGAGCUCGAGGAUGUUAGGAGAGAAUACGCCACCGUGCAGGAGUCUCUGGGUGAGAAGCAGCGUGUAGCGACGGCAUCUACUGAACAGCUAAAAGAAGCACAAUUACAGCUCACGCAAGAACGCGUCCGCGCUUCCACGCUCGCCGCUCAAGUUCAGGAACUCCAACGUAGUAUACAAGAAGCAGCUACUCGCGAGGCAGCCUUAGAAGAGCAGUGCUCACGCACGGAAGCGCGCUUCAACGAGCGCCUCGACGCGGCCGAGGCGCGCGCCGCCGCCGCCUUGCAGGACGACGCGAGGCAUCGGGAGAAGGUGAACACCCUCGAGCAGCUCGUCCGGCAGCUGGAGCGCGAAGUAACAGCCUUAGAAAACCGCGCGUGCAUCAACUGCGAGGCGCGUAACACUCCACACGGCUCGCCGCACAAGUCCCAGAGCGACACGGAAAGCGUCGCCGACACGCAGCAGACAGCUACAGCGAAUAGCGACACGGAAAGCGUCGCCGACACGCAGCAGACAGCUACAGCGAAUGUAUUGAGGGAACAGCUGGAGAGAGCUGAGACUCAGCUACAGACGCGAGCUGAAGAAAUAGCUGCUUUAAGACAAGAAGCGAGAUCUGCCAACUUAGCCAGAUGGCGCAAGGAGCGCGAGUUCAACGAGCUGUCACUAGACGCCAAAUCCACCGCUCGCGACCUAAAACGCGCGGAGGAGCGUUUAACCGCCGUCCUGGAGGCCAAACGUACCGCCGAGAGGAAAGUCUCAGAAGUCCAGACAGAACUGAAUGCGCUCAAGCCUCAGUACGAGCAAGCCACUAAGGAGGCUGAGAGGGCCAAGCAACAGCUAGCGGCGUUGCAGAAAAAACAUGAGACGGCGCAGGCUGAAGUUGAUCGAUCCCGCAACGACAUCCGUAAGCUGAAGAGCGAGCUCCAAUACAGCGAGAAGCGGCGACUACACGCCGAGGAACAGGAGGAGAUGAGCAGCCGGGAGCGCGCUCAACUCCGGGAUGAGAACGUGGAGUUACGGGCACACAACACUGAACUAGUGCAGAAUAACAAAGCGUUACAAGAAGCCUGCAGCCUGUUGGAAGAACAACUUAUCGAUCUGGAGAAGAUAUCAGAUUUGAACGAAGGGAAGAGCAAAGAUCACGAGUGCGAAGUGGAGCACCUCCGGUGUGAGUUGUCGGCGCUGCAGGAGAAGCUGGGCGGCGCGCUGAGCUUGUGCGCGGCGCGCGCCGCCGAGGCCGCCGCCGCCACGCACGACCUCGAGCGCACGCGCGACCAGCACUCGCAGGCCGCCGCGCAGGUGCAGCUGCUGCAGGAGCGAAUAGAGCGCGCAGACGACCGCGUAGCCACUUUAGAAGCCCGAUGCGCUUCCUUGGAAGGCGAGCGGGCGACCGCGCAAGCCGCGCUCGGCAGCGCCGCGCGCCGAGUGCGAGACCUGCAGGAGGAGUGUGCUACGCUGAGGACAAGAGCUCACGACCAUCAUGAGCUGGCGUUACAGCUGAGGGCACAACUUGACGAGGCACAGGAGCAGCUGGAGAGCGCGCGCGAGGCGGCCGAGGCGGCGACGGCGUGGUGGCGCACGCGCGAGACCAAGGCCGACGCCACGCUGCGCCAGCAGGCCAAGCUCAUCGACUUCCUGCAGGCUAAAGUGGAAGAAGCCGGGCGGAAGAAAUGUUCCAUCGGCAACAAGCUGUUCGGGCGCUCGGGCCGCCGCACCAACGCCUCGCCGCCGCUGCGCCGCGCCAACAGAGAAUUACGAGAAGAAGUCGACCGAUUGCGCGCAAAGCUUGCCUCUUCUAAAUCUCUCAACGAAAGCAACUGCCCUCCUACACCGAGACGAAAUGAGAAAAAAACUCCGAACGGUACCUUUAAAAGUAUCGACACGCCUGAUGGACGGAUGGACACACGGAUGAAUUCGUCACAGGAGUCAUUCUUACAAAUAGUAUGGCGAGACGGCAGCCGCGAGCGCGUGACAGCGCGCUGUGUGACGGCGCACUCGUGCUGCGCAGCGGCAACAAGGAGCUACACGCGCGCCUGGCCAGCGACGACGCGGCUGGGCUGCCCUUCAACGAGGCCGGCAGGGCUUUCACGGUCAAUAACGAUCUCGAACCCGGACGCCCGCGGCAGCACCGCAGUGGUGGUGUGCGGCGACCGCGCCGCGCGCGCGCACUGGCUCAGCGCGCUGCCCGCGCCCGCGCCCGCGCCCGCGCUCACUGCGGGCUACACGCCGCGCGUGCUGUACACGGGGGCUGACAAGCCGCUGGCCGCCGCCGUCGUGGCUGACGACGCUGUCGCGAUAGGUUGUAACGAUGGACUACGCUCGCUACGCAGUCCGGUCCGCCUCAUGGUGUCGGAGUCGUCGCCGCGAGCGGGCGCGGGCGCGGUGUCGAGCGUGUGCGUGAGCGGCGCGCGCGCGCUGCUGGCGCACGGCGGCACGCUGCUGCACGCCGCCGCGCCCGCGCUCGCCUCCGCGCUGCGCCGCGCCGACCACCUGCAGCCCGCGCUGCGCGUCGACCGCGUGCCGCUGCCCGACGCCGCGCACCCGCAUCUCAUUACGGCGAUGACCGGGCCGGGCGCGGACGGGUCGUGCGCGGUGGCGCUGGGGCGGCGCGUGGUGCUGCUGCGCUGGGACGCGGCGGCCGCCGCCUACACCGUGUCGCGCGCCUUCGGCCUCGAGCGCGCGCCGGCCGCGCUGCUGCUCACGCGCGCCGCGCUCUACGUGGCGGCCGAGCGCCCGCUGCGCGCCGCGCUGCCCCAGGGCGCGCUCGAGCCGCUCGCCGCCGCCGACGCCACCGUGGCCGCCGCCGCGCGCACGCGCUCCGCGCCCCGCGCCGUGCUGCUCGUGUGCGCCGAGCCCGCGGAGCUGCUGCUGUGCUACGCGGAGUGCGGCGUGUUCGUGGACGACCGGGGCCGCCGCACGCGCCCGGACGACCCCAAGUGGAGCGCGGCCGUGCGGGAGUUCGCGUUCGUGCGCCCCUUCCUCUACGCGGUCGGCGACGACGACGUCACGAUCGUGCACGUCGGCGACGACGCCUACCGCGCGCCCGCCUGCACGUGCGACUCCGCCUCGGUCGCCUCGAGCGGCUCCGAGUUCUGCGCGCCGGAGACGUUCAGCGUGAGGCUGCCGCAGCCGGCUCUGCUCGGCACGACGACCGACGGCAUCAUCGUUCGCACGAAACGCGACGACGGCUACCAGGUGUCGGUGGUCGGCGGGCUCGCCGCGUUCCGGAGCGUCGGCGCGUCGCUCGAGUCCCUCGUGACGGCCUCCGAGUCGGAGAAGAGCUCGACCCCGGAGCUGGCGCGCUCGCUGACGGACCUCGGCCGAGAGUCGCCGCAGGACACGUCGCUGGAGACGCUGAGCGGCGCGACCGGCUUCCUCGCCGACAUAAAAAAGCGGGCGCGCCAGCUGCGGGAGAAAAAUCGGAGGCAGAACCAGAUGGACGCCGACGAAGUCAUCAAGGAGAUCCUGACGACCGAGAUAGGACUGAAGCGAGGGUUCAACGCCGGCAGGAAGUCGCCGGCGCUCACGUCCGAGUUCGACUCCGACUCCGAGUCGCAGAGCGAGGACGAGUCGGAGGGCUCGCAGCGGCCGGAGGACCUGUGCGCCGAGAUGUUCACGAGGCAAGUGCGCUUCCAGUAGCUCUCGACGUUGUGUUCCAGCUUAAUGGAUGCAAAUGUUUAGUAAACAUUUAAAGCCAAGGAUACACUAGGGGACAAAUGUCCCACGACACGUGUCGCCAGCGACGUCGGGUGAAGUAGCGCGACGUUGUCAGACUUCGCUCGACAUGUCUGGCGACAUCGCGCGACACGUGUCGCCAGUGACAUCGGGUGAUGU